AUGUUACGACGACCAUUCGGCUGUUUUGUUUAUCCGCCAAGUUGUGCUUCUGAUAAAAUUUCAAUGAAACAGUCUGCUCCAUUAAGGCAAUAUGCUAUUGAAAUAUAUUGUAAUAAGCAGCAUUUAACAAAACGAAACAACAAAGUAAUGAUGCUUCCGAAGGUGCAAUGCAUUACCUGGUAUAUUGGAUGUGGUGAAUUAAUUAAAGAUAUUAUUUAUUGUGAAAAUGGAUUCAUUUAUGAUGUAAAAUUGCGGAAAUGUAGACAACGAAAUGUCAAAGAUCGUUGCGUAAUGCCAGACUUAUGCAAGAAUCGGAAAUGGCGAACGAUAUCAUUUGGUGAUUGUAAUAGACAAUUCAUAUAUUGUCGAGAUCAAAUACCAGAGAAGUUUGUUUGUUCCGAAGGCUUCAUCUUCUCUAAUGGUCACUGUAUACCGAUAUAUCAGGGCAAUAGUCAAUGUUGGAAGUGUCAAGAUGGCCAAAAACAGCAUACCUCAUUUCAUUCAUGCAGUGAAUAUUCUGUUUGCAAAAAUGGUCGCUGGGAGGACUAUAGAUGUCCAGCUGGGAUGGCUUAUUUUGAAACCAAUCAAAUGUGUCAAACAGAUCCAUCUUGUGCUCAUCAAUUUAAAUGUCAAAUAGGCACAUCAUUCCAACUGAAUUGCAACGAAUACUUGAUCUGUUCUUCGAAAGGUAUCAUUGAACAUCGCUUUUGUCCACCAUUUCAUCGAUGGGACAAUCAAGCGCUCCUGUGUAUUUUUGAUAAUGACUGCUUACCUCCAUCGAAUGAACCAUGUAGAGAGGGCGCAAUUAUCCAUAGUUUCGAUUGCAAAUUUUAUCAUCACUGUUUAAAUGGCAAAUGGUAUAGAAUGUCGUGUGUCACACAUCCAACUGCAGAGUUGUGCAAAAUAUGUCGCCAUUACGGUAAUAAUGUCACUUGGCAAGCAGAAGAAAAAUGCAGUGAAGGUGAUACGGUAGCAAAUCCGCAAGAUUGCGGAAGUUAUGCGAUAUGUGAUGAUAGAAGAAGAUGGAAGAGUGUACGAUGUAAAGAUGGCACUUUCUGGAAUCAAAAUUUAAAACAGUGUUAUCAUAUCACUGACUGUAAGGCAUUCAAGCGUGUAGAAUGCAAUCAUGGAGAGUAUCUGAUUGGUGGUAUAUGCAACAAAUAUUUAAAAUGUAUGCAGGGUUCUUGGAUAACAAUGAAAUGCUUCCCGGGAUAUGCUUUUGAUGUAACCACGAAGAAGUGCGUUAUCUCGAAUGAAUGUGUAUCAUUGGGUAAUAAGUAUUUAAGUAUGAUCGAUAACGAUACAACUGAUUCAUCAUCACCAUUUCUUCAAAUGAAACAAAACUGGAACAGAAUUAAUAACUACUCAUGUCAAUUUGGCAAUACUAUUCGUAAUGAAUAUGACUGCAAUCGAUAUUUUGAAUGUACAGCGGGUGAAUACAAAGAUCGAUAUUGUAAAAAUAAUCAUGAAUUCAAUGAUCAAAGUGGGAAAUGCGAGAAAGAAUAUCAUUGUGAUUUAUCACAUUGUCGUAAUGGACGAAUAAUUGGAAAUGAAAUUUGUGGUCAUUAUCAAAUUUGUCUUAAUGGUACAUGGCAUAAAAGAGUUUGUGAUAAUAAUCGACAAUUUGUCAACGGAUAUUGUCAAAUAUCAUUAUAUUGUGACAAUAAUAGCAAUACAAUUCCUCCUACACUAUCAUUCCUAUCAUCAUCGUGUACAGAUGGAAAUGUUCUACCUGAUAAUACCAAUUGUAAUCGUUAUUUCAUAUGUAGACAAGGUCGAUUUCAAGAACAAUUUUGCUGGAAUGGUGCGACAUUUGAUGAAAAGCGUGGUUAUUGUGUACGUGAUACAACCUGCAUAGUAGAAGGAAAUUGUGCGGGAAAUAAUAUCAAAGUCGAUGAACAAAACCGUAUUGCUUACUGGAUUUGCAAUAAUGGCAAAUUUGAAUUACGUUACUGUCCAUACGGUCAAGUCUACAUUCAUAGCAAUAGAAGAUGUGAAAAAGAUCAUGCUAUUGAUGAUACGAAACAUGAAACUUGCAAGGAAAGCGGUGGUCCUAAUGGUUAUAGGGCAGACUCAAAUGACUGUCACAAAUUUUACCAAUGCGCUCAUGGAAAAUGGAUUUCCAAAUCCUGUCCGGCUAAAUUAUACUGGAAUGUGGAAAAAACAACAUGCGAUUGGCUUCCCGAUAAUAAUUACUGUAAAAAUCGUACUACUCCUGUUUUACUGUAA